CCAAAAUGGAGUAAAGCGACGCAUUCCAGUUGUCCCUAUGUUGUUCGUCUACAAGAAGUCAAAUGGCGGAAUCUCAGGAUGACCAAAUGCAAAGUGUGGUUACUUGUGAUACGUGCGACGAAACAGCAGAGCAUCUUUGUAUAACUUGCCAGGAUAGACUGUGUCCUAGAUGUAAAGUAGUUCACAGUAGGAGUAAGGCGUCAUUUGACCAUGAAGUUGUUUUGUUGAGUUCCAGUUCCAUUUCCCAGGCACAUGAGGAACGUUUUUCCUCUCAACAGGUCUGUAGCAAGCACGUCGGUUAUAGAAUAAGCAUUUGCUGUGGUGAUUGUGAAAUACCAAUCUGCGAAAAGUGUCUUCUACCCGAUCACAAUGGACACCGAGUAAUAAGCAUUCCGGAUUUAAUUAAGCAGAAAAAACCAAAGCUCGAAGCAAAGUAUUUGGCGAUUUCCUCUCAGCUUCCUCAAUAUGAAGAAAAACUGGCAGAAAUCAAAGAGAGAAGCUAUAUGGUUGCAAAAAACGGCGACCAUUUGGAAGAGAAGAUAGAGAAGCAUUUUCGAACUAUCAAAUCCCAAAUUGAAAAUCAUAAGUCAAGGCUGAUAAAAGAUGUGCGUAAAAACAAAACAGUUGUCAUGGAUAAUUUGAAGUCGCACGAAGAAAAGUUUGAAGAAUACAUUAAAGAAAUGAAAACGUUUAUGUCGGAAUUCAAAACCAAUGCAAAAAAUCAUUUCAUCUUAUUUGGAAAUUGUGAUGUAGGUGCAACAAUGCCAAAUGGUAUUCCGAGGACACAAUUUCCAGAACUACUUCAGUAUAAAACAGAAUUACAUGAUGCAGUUCCUUUGAAUUCUCUCUGUGGUCGUCUCUUUGAGGGAAACAUAAUUCAACGCGAAAAUUACACCAAAACGUUGCAAGAUAUAUCUGUGGGAAACAAUGAUAUUAAGUCUUUAGCCUACAGAUAUCAAGAUGACACGUUUUGGCUAUAUACAGAUGGAAACAUAUUUCAAAUUGACAGGAAGGGAAGCGUUUUGCAUAAAAUAGUGGCACACAUUCAGACUUUAAACAAUAAACCAGUUGUUGUUUCUCGUUCAGGUACAGUCAUUUACAGACAAAAACAGUUCACUCUCAAUGAGAAGAAAUACUGCGGUUUUGAUAAAGAGUUUUUUACUACCAGCUACUCUGCACCACUGUGUUUAUGGGCAAGAAAAGAAGGUGGUGUUAUUGUUGGGUUUUUAGACAAAGAUGAAAGCGAUGGCGGAUUUUUUUGGCUUACAGAGGAUGCAGUUAUAGAAAAAGAAAUUAGAAAAGACUCCGCCUGGAAUGAUGUAUACAAAAAAUAUUUUGUUUUACGCAAUCGGGCAUAUGUAGCUGAAAACGUGAACGGGGAUAUAUGUUUUUCAAACAGAAGUGUAGAAGUUUACGAUUCAAAUCUUCAGCAUCGCUUCUCCUACCCAGAAUUAACAGAUGUUAGCGAUUUCCUUCCUCAAGAUAUAUAUACCGACGAUUUCGGACACAUUUUAAUUGCAGAUAAAAGAAGCCGCCUCAUUCACAUUCUAAACAAAGAUGGUGGUUUGCUAAAGAUGGUAAAACUACCUGGACUGAACAGAAGCUAUCCCAUAUCUUUGACAAUUGAUAUAAAUCGUUGUCUGUGUGUUGGGUGUUCUGAUGGGAAGAUUAGAUUUAUCGACUAUUUAUCAGUUCUUGGCAACUUGUAAUCUUACCUUGCAAGACAGAUAAUGCUUGUUACAGAUGGAUUGUACAGUGCCUAGAUAUAUGAUUUAUCAUUAAAUUAAAACAAGUUUGUACAUGUAUAUUCUUGCUUUGAAGGUGUUCUUAUACAAUAAAACAA